AUGGCGGCACCUAACCGGAGGGGUGGCAGCGGCCGGAAGAAGACCGUACUCCGCCGGAUCGAGCAGCAGGAUGCCCGGCACGUCUCCUACGCCAAGCGCCGAGCGGGGCUCUUCAGCAAGGCCAGCGAGCUGGCUGUGCUCACGCGCGCCCAGGUAGCCGCCCUCGCCUUCUCUCCCGGCGGCAAGGCAUUCACCUUCGGCCACCCCUCCGUCGACUCUGUCGUAGAACGCUUCCUGGCGGGGGAAGGUUUGGGUGCUUGCCCGAGGGCGCAGGGCGCUGCCAAUGACCGUUUCCUGGCGGCGGAGGGUGCCGGGGCCGGGGCCGGCGCGGGGGAGGGCGCUACCGACGAAGACAACGUGAAGAGGCUGGCCCAGCAGCUCGCCGAGAUGCGCGCGGAGCUGACGGAGGUGAAGAAGCAGAAGAAGCGCAUCGACAAGGCCAUGGCUAAGGAGCGCGCCGCGGGGGACCAGAUUGCGGCGUGGGUCGACCCCAAGGUGCGCGACAUGGGGGACGAUGACAUGGCCGCCUGCUUUGCCACGCUCCUCAAGGUAAAGACCGACGUCUCCCACCGCGCCAACCAGGUUCUAUUGGACUUCAGCCGCAAGGUUGAACUCACCCGGUUGCCCCCGGCCCAGAUCUUCGGUGGCAGCAUCUUUGAGAUCGGUAGCAGCAGCGGCAGCGCCCACGCCGGGAUGGAGUUCCAGUUUCUGGUGCCUCCACCGCAGGGGCAGGGGUUCGAGGCCGGGAUGGAUAUGCACCAGAUGGUGAUGGCGGCGCUGCCUCCGCCUCAGGGGUUCCCCUCCGCGAUAGAUAUGCAAGUGCAACAGCAGAUGGUGAUGGAGAUGCCUCCGGCUCAGGUGCUCGCCGCCGGGAGCAUGGAUAUGCAACAGCAGAUAGUGAUGGAGAUGCCUCCGGCUCAGGUGAUCGCCGCUGGGGUGGAUAUGCAGGAGAUGCCUCCAGCUCAGGUGGUUGCCGCCGGGAUGGAUAUGCAGGAGAUGCCUCCGCCGCCGCCGGGGUUCGCUGCCGGGAUUGAUAUUAUGGAGCAGAUGCAAAUGAUGAUUGGUCAGCCGCCGUCGUUCGAGGCUGGGAUGGAGACAGAGUUUCAGCAAUGUCUUAUGGCAAUGCCGCCACCGGAGUUCCCUGCCGGGUUGGAGAUGGCGCAGCAGGUGCUUGAGCCCAACGCCGAAGAAGAGGAGAUCUAA